CUGACUGAUGUCACAUGGGUGAGCACUCUAAAGCGGAAUUGAUGAAACUAUGACGAGCAGCGAGUCUAACUGAAGAUGUUUCUUCAAUGACGGAAUCGAACCGGCUUUUUCCGAAUCCGGACCUGAUUUGGGUUGAGAGGUGCCAGGGAUGGAUGGAUGGAUCCAUCCAAUUCAUCCAAUUAUGACGUUUCUCAAAGAACGAUCAAAACAUGGUCAACACGUGAGAAGGCUUGGAGCGAUUGAAGGCACCACUUUCAAUUCGAUUUGGAUUGACUUGAAGACCCGUCCCAUCUUGGAUCGCCAUUCACCGGGCAUCAUGACAUCGGCACCUGAUCAAGAUGAGGUGGCUAAUGCCGAAGAAGGUCGUCGAUUUCAGGCCUUGAUCGCCCAACAAAACAAAAAGAAAAAGAAAAGCGGCGGAUUUCAAUCCAUGGGCCUGGAUCAUGAGAUAUUCCGUGGCAUCAUGAAAAAAGGAUACCGUGUGCCCACGCCCAUUCAACGAAAGAGUAUUCCAGUCAUCUUAGAAGGUCGCGAUGCCGUGGCCAUGGCUCGAACGGGUAGCGGUAAAACAGCCGCUUUCCUCAUUCCACUCUUCCAGAAACUCAAAAGUCGCUCAGCCAAAGUGGGGGCCCGAGCUCUCAUUCUCUCGCCCACGAAAGAGUUGGCCUUGCAGACCUUGAAGUUCACGCGAGACUUGGGUCGCUUCUCAGGUCUACGUUCCGUUUGCAUCUUGGGCGGUGAAUCCAUGGAGAAGCAGUUUGCUCAAAUGCACGAGAAUCCCGAUAUCAUCAUCGCCACGCCCGGUCGAUUGGUCCAUUUGAGUGUGGAAAUGAGUCUCAAACUCACGUCGAUUGAAUAUGUGGUGUUUGACGAGGCUGAUCGAUUGUUCGAGAUGGGUUUUGGUGAGCAGCUCACCGAGAUUUUGGCCCGUCUCCCCGAGAAUCGACAGACUCUCCUGUUUUCGGCUACUCUUCCGAAGUUGUUGUUGGAAUUCACCAAAGCCGGGCUUUCGGAUCCGGUGUUAAUUCGAUUGGAUGCGGAUACAAAAAUUCCAGACACGCUCAAAAUGGGCUUCUUCAGUUGCCGGAGUGAAGGCAAACCCGCCAUCUUACUCCAUCUUUUCCGACAAAUCAUCCACCCAAGCGAGCAAACCGUUAUCUUUGCCUCCACCCGACAUCACGUUGAAUAUUUGCACGCACUGCUUGACCGUGCCAACAUUUCCAACACGUAUAUGCAUUCACAUUUGGAUCCAACCGCCCGUAAAAUCAACACGGCCAAGUUUCAGGCUCGCAAGUCGAAUGUUCUCAUUGUGACGGAUGUGGCUGCCCGUGGAAUUGAUAUUCCACUUUUGGACAAUGUAAUCAACUACAACUUUCCUUCGAGGGCCAAGCUAUUUGUCCAUCGAGUGGGGCGUGUGGCACGCGCUGGCCGAAUGGGAACCGCUUACUCCUUAGUGGCUGGUGAUGAGUUCGCCUAUUUCAUUGACCUGCAACUAUUUCUGGGCAAUGAUGUGAAUACGUUCCCAUUGGAUGUCAAAGCUGACGCGGAAUGGCACAAUUAUUUAGGGGUUGUCCCCCAAUGCAUCUAUGAUGAUUGCGCUGAUCAACUCCAAGAUUGGCACGAAGACAAGUCCGAGUUAAGUGAUUUGAAGGGCGUGGCGAGUAAUGGCUACAAGCAUUACUUGAAAUCAAGGCCUGGGGCUAGCAACGAAAGUAUUCGCCGAGCCAAGCGGAUGAAAACCAUGAAAUUUGGACCCCACCCCCUCUUCAUCAGCACCUUGAAAGAUCAGGGGGAAUUGCAGAAAACGAAGUUCCUGGCUGCCAUGAAGAGAUAUCGACCGCAGAAUACCAUUUUUGAAAUUGGAGCGACAACUAAAAGUUCCCAAGUGCAGAAUGUGAUGACUAAAAAGCGUAAGAUUCACGGUAAUACCAUUUCUAAAUUCCGUACGAAAAAUGAUGGAGAUGAAAAAGAGGCAAAUGAAGAACAGGACCAGCAAUUAUCAGACAUCGAAGAUGACGACGAUCAAGACAAUGGCGAACACGCCACCAAGGAGGAUGCUGCAUUGGAGGAACCGAGUCAGAUUGAUAUUGAUGCCACUUUUAAAAGAAUCGUCCAACCCAAGCCCUUCAAAGCUCCUAAAGUGUUCCAAGCCAAGAAGAAAAAGCCCAAAGAGGUGAAGAACAAGAAAGAUGACGAGAAUUACAUCAGUUAUCAAGCCAAGGACCAUCACCAAGAGGCUGGAUAUUCCCUGUUGAGCAACAACUUCGACAACCAAGCGGCUGGGGCAGUCCUGGAUUUGACCGGAGAUGAUGAUGCCUCCAUGCGCGCGAAAAAGAACGCUAUGAGAUGGGAUAAUAAGAAAAAGAAGUACGUCCGAGCCGACGUGAAUGAUAAGAAGAAGAUCAAAACUGAGAGUGGGGUGUGGAUUCAAGCUUCUUACAAGAGCGACCGUUAUGCCAAAUGGAAGGAGAGAAGCAAGCUGAGCUUCAUCGACGAACCUGGACAAAGUGGAGGACACACGGAUGAUGACUAUAGGGGAGGACCGAAAAUGAAUCGGAAAAGACAAAUGGGCGGAGGCUUGCCUGAGGAUCAUCCGGCUAUGAAGAAAGCCCGUGAUUCCGUGCCCAAACAUCGGAAAGGACCCAAGAACGAGAUCCAGAGACCGGAACAAAUUUUGAAGAAGCGCAAACUGGACGAGAAAAAACGGGCCAAGAAUGCCAAAAAAGGCAAGAAAGGCAAGGGUAGAAAAGGUCGCCGGUAGAGCUUAACUCUUGAAACUUGGCUAUCAAUGCCAUUGAAUGUGGCCAUGGUUUAUUAUUGCAUCAAUUACACCACUGCUAGCUCGAUUACGCGUGUUAUGAAUAAAGUCUGGGCUAAAGUUCCAAGGAAA